CAGCAAAAGUGAAGUCCCUGCACUCAGGCAACCCAAUGUGACGGGCUUCCGGAGCGUUAUCCCAUCCCCUUCUAGGCCGCCAUUAGCGGUAGGGCUUCUGGUUGGUCCACCGGAGAUCUUGAUAGCCAGUGCGCGGGAGCGACCGAGCGAGGGAUCUCUCCAUGGCCGGACGAGCUUUGCUCUCCUCUCAGAACGGCCUUUACGCCGUCGCUCCGCUCUCUUCCAUCGGCGGCCGGAGCAACGGCUUCACGGCUUCGCUGCCCCUCCUCCGCCGAUGCCCUGCGGCGCCCAUCCCGUCGUCCACUCGCUGCCGGAGCCACCUCCGGACCGAGGCGGAGGAGCUGAAGAAACCCCCAAAGGUGGAGCCUUUCGUCAUCACUACCCCUCUUUACUACGUGAACGCUCCUCCCCACAUGGGCAGCGCCUAUACCACCAUCGCCGCCGAUGCCAUCGCCCGGUUUCAGAGGCUGCAAGAGAAGAAGGUUAUAUUCAUCACAGGGACGGAUGAGCAUGGAGAGAAAAUUGCUUCAGCUGCAGAGACUAGUGGCAAGAGUCCUAGCGAGCACUGCGAUACUGUUUCGCAUGCUUUCCGGAUGCUGUGGAAAGAACUAGACAUAGCAUAUGACAAAUUCAUUCGAACUACUGAUUCAAGGCAUGAAGCUGUUGUGAAGGAGUUCUAUUCUAGAGUGCUCAAUAAUGGCGAUAUAUACCGAGCUGACUAUGAGGGGCUCUACUGUGUGAACUGCGAAGAGUACAAGGAUGAGAAAGAAUUGCUUGAAAACAAUUGCUGCCCCAUGCACUUAAAGCCUUGUGUACGACGAAAGGAGGAUAACUACUUUUUUUCUCUAUCGAAGUAUCAGCGAAGGCUGGAAGAGUUUUUAUUGCAGAAUCCAGAUUUUGUGAAACCUCCAUUUCGCUUGAAUGAGGUGCAAAGCUGGAUUAAGAGUGGGCUGAGAGAUUUCUCUAUAUCCCGCUCGUCUGUGGACUGGGGCAUAACUGUGCCAAAUGACAGUAGACAAACUGUUUAUGUCUGGUUUGAUGCUUUAUUGGGGUAUAUUUCAGCAUUAUUAGAGGAUGGAGAGAAACCAGGUUUACAACAAGCUGUUAGUUCUGGAUGGCCUGCUUCAUUACACUUAAUAGGAAAGGACAUCUUGCGAUUUCAUGCAGUUUAUUGGCCAGCAAUGUUAAUGUCAGCGGGAUUAAGUCUUCCAAGCAUGGUCUUUGGUCAUGGAUUUUUGACGAAGGAUGGUAUGAAGAUGGGGAAAUCAUUGGGCAAUACUCUUGAACCAAAGGAUCUGGUGGGUAGAUUUGGAGCUGAUGCUGUCAGGUACUUUUUCUUGCGAGAAGUGGAAUUUGGGAAUGAUGGGGACUAUUCAGAGGACCGUUUCAUAAAUAUAGUCAAUGCACAUCUUGCGAAUACAAUUGGAAACCUUCUCAACCGCACCCUUGGACUUUUGAAGAAGAACUGCCAGUCCAUGUUGGCUUUUGAUUCUGGCAUUGCAGCGGAAGGAAAUCCAUUCAAAGAUACUGUAGAGAAGUUGGUGGAGAAGGUGCGAUACCAUUAUGAGAAUCUCUCUUUAUCAUCUGCUUGCGAAUCUGUGUUAGAUAUUGGUACUGCUGGUAAUUCAUAUAUGGAUGAACGUGCUCCAUGGUCUGGUUUUAAGCAAGGGGGUGCUAGUUCUGAAAUAGCUGCAAAGGACCUUGUAAUUAUAUUGGAGGCAAUGAGGAUUAUAGCAAUUGCUUUGUUUCCAAUCACUCCAAGACUAUCUUUGAGGAUAUAUAUGCAACUUGGGUUUUCAAAGGAUCAGUUUGAAGCAGUGACCUGGAGUGAUACCAAAUGGGGAGGGAUGAAAGCAGGUCAGAUAAUGGCAGAUCCUAAGCCAGUGUUUGCAAGGAUUGAAAGUAGAAAGGAAGGAGAAGAUGAGGUGGUUCAGAAGUUGGUCAAGGAUAAGAAGAAAACUUCUCGUAGUCAAGGGCUUGUACAGGCUUAACAGCAAUAUUCGGCACUUUCUGCUAUACCUGGGAGGCUUUUGGUCGAUGCGGAGAAGGCACAUGAUUGACAGGGUUUGCUUGAAUGCGAUUGCCACGGGUUGAGCAGUCCCGAGGCCUUGUGUCGAGCUCUGUAGCUAAUUAUGUGACGGUUGCCUCCAACUCCUAGUGAUUCUUUUAUAGAACUUGGUGGUGAUAAUGUGCAAAAUUGUUUCCCAAGUUCUAUUUCCACAAUCUUCAGCAUCUCAUAAGGCAGUUAAAAACCUGUUGAACUUGGAGGAAACAGGAGAACCCUCUUCAUUUAUUUUUACAAGUGUUUGUGGUUUAUUUAAUGUAUGGUAAUCCUUGUGUUCCAAGAAUACAAACAAAUGUCUGAACUUCCCCAUAUUAGUUGCUUUGCCAUGAAAUAUAAAAGCAUACUCACACCUACCAGAAUGGUUU